AUGUCUGGUGCAGAAUCUCUCGCUUCAAUUGACAAGGAGAAGCAUCCUCAUGGUCUGACGGUUGCCCUUCCAUCCGUCUCUGAGGAGAAGCUUCACGAGACCGAGGUCGGAUAUAACAUCUAUAAGGAGACGACCGAACAAGGCUUGGACUGGACGGUCAAGGAAGAGGGUUGGAUAUUGCGAAGGAUAGAUAUCUGGAUUCUUCCCUGUUUCUGUCUCACUCAGGGCCUUGCUUUUCUGGACAAAACCGCUCUCAACUAUGGCAACCUCUUUGGCAUGAAAGCCGAUCUGCAUGUCACAAGCUCUCAGUUUAGCUGGUUUGCAAGCGCAUUCUAUCUUGGCGCGUCUCGCUACCUCGUCGCGGCUGAGCCUUCCAAUUGGCUUCUUCAACGUUACCCGACUGGCAAGGUCAUGGGUAUAAUGACAUUCUUCUGGGGUAUCAUUGUAAUUCCUGGUCUUGGUCUGAUGACGCCCAUGUGGUGGAGAUUGCAAGAACAGCCUUAUUGCUUCAACGGAGUGGCGGGUAUUUUAGGCGGCUUCCUCAGUUAUGGUUUGGGCCACGCGACUCAUGCAAGCGUACCAACCUGGGCUCUCAUAUUCCUGGUUCUGGGUGCUGUGACUACGCUCUGGGGCAUUUACCUCUUCUUCAUGCUUCCAGAUUCUCCCGUCAACGCUCGCUUUUUUGACGAGCGUCAGAAGGCUAUUGCCGUCAAGCGGGUGGCCGCGAACAGGACUGGGAUCAAGAAUAAACAGUUCAAGAUGUAUCAAGUCAGAGAGGCUUUCGUCGACCCGAAGACAUAUAUACUCUUUCUGGCCAGCAUCGCUGCACAGAUUCCGAACGGAGUAGUCAGCAAUUUUUCGAGCAUCAUCAUCAAAGGCAUGGGCUUCACCACAUUCCAGACGGUUCUAUUGGACAUCCCGAGUAGUGUCCUACAAAUCGUGUCGUUAGUUGGUAGUGGUUAUUUGGCAGGGAAGUUCAAGAACAGUCGCGCGGUAAUGAUGUUCAUAGGAAAUUCAACGUGUAUCAUCGCUGCGGCCUGUCUGACAUACGCACCUCAGGACCAGAAGUGGGGACGAUUAGUCGCCUACUGGUUUACCUCAUUCCAAUCUGUAGGAUUCGCCAUGUCGCUUGUAAUGGUGUCGGCGAAUGUUGGUGGCUACACGAAGCGACAAGUCGUCACCGCCCUCACAUUCAUUGUGCAUGUAUCCACGCUUCACCUUCAUUGCUCCCAGAAUAUCGCUGGGCCACACGUCCUCCUCGAUUCCGAAGAAGACAUCGGAUACCCAACCGCGACUAAAGCCAUGAUGUCCGGAUAUGUGGCUAAGACAGCCCUCCAUCUCGCUCUUGGAUUUUACAUGUUCUUCGAGAAUAGACGUCGGGACUUAGACGCGGAGCAAGAAGGAACAAAGGUAUCGGAUGGAGAGAGGUCGAGGUUGGCGGAGGAGGCUGGUAUGGCCGACAUCACGGAGAGGGACAACAAAUGGUUCCGCUAUGUCCUGUGA